UCACUUAAACUCCUCUCCGGUCCACUAGGCGGCAGUAAAGCGCCAUAACGUGGUGAGGUCAAGUUUGACCGUGGCAACCAAAAUAUGUCGGUGUCAAGAUUUCCAGCUUCGACACUGAACCUCAAACAGUUUUUGCAGAGACAAAAAGUUUUAGGUCUGUACCGUAAUAUGUUGAGGACAAUCCGAAAAGUUCCAGAUGAAGCAGAUCGUAAAUAUCUGAAGGAUUGGACAAGAGAGGAGUUCAAGAGGAACAAGGAUGCUGCAGAUCAGGAUGCCGUCAGGAUGAUGAUCACGCAGGCCAACAAUCACCUGGAGGAGUUGAAGAGAUCUCUCGCUCUGGCUGGAAGGUGAACACAAGUAGCUUCAGAGACGGUGUUGAGAGAGAAACACUGACACAGCACAAGCCUAAGCUGUGAGCACUGUUUGAUUGUGUAGCAGGAGACUCCUGCAUGUCCAGACUGCCCUGUUCUUACUCGUCCUGACUCUAAUACACCUGAGUGUGUGUUCGAGCAGAGAAAUCGUUAAAUUGUGUUGGGUUAGAUUUUCUUUUUCAUACAAAAGUCUCUUCAUAUUGAAGUUUUUAAAACCAAGCAAGUUGAAUAAAUCUAGCUCAUAUUUCAAGCUGGA